ACAAAAACGAAGAUAAGGUAGUCCUUUAUUGAAAUCCCCGGAGAAAGGAGUUGAAAUGGAGAGCUCAGGUUUGGAAGGGAAAGUGCUGGAAAUGUUUGAAGUUGGGCCCUGUGAAAAUGCUUACCAGAUGGGUUUCUUAAUAGGCCAGAGGUUCUCCAAUCUUAUAAGAAGCAGGCUGGCCAGAGACCUCAUUCUUCAAGACCAGCUACUACCUUUUGCCCAAACCCCACAAGCACAGCCACUUCUCAAAGCACUCGCUGAUAAUAACAAAAAGAAGUUUCCAAGUUAUUGGGAUGAACUGAUAGGAACAGCUGAGGGAAGUGGGGUUCCUGUUCUUAAUAUAAUACUAAUCAACUUCAGGAAAGAGAUUGUUCCUUUUCUUCCAAAGAACAAGUUAAUUUCGAAUGCUGAAAGCCCAGAUGACUGUUCUGAUGUUCUCAUCGUUAGUGAUUCCAUGGCCAUGGUGGCACAUAAUGAGGAUGCAAAUGUUGCUCUGGUUGGCCACACCUAUUUGAUAAAGGGAAUGCUGUCAAAGGAACUAUCCUUCAUUGCAUACACGUAUGCAGGAGAGCUCCCAAGCUGUGCAUUUGGAUUCAACAGUCAUGGAUUGGCCUUCACACUAAAUUCAGUACCCCCAAUUGAAGACGAGAUUGUGGCCGGUGGAAUUGGAUGCAACUUCAUCUCUAGGGAUCUCCUUGAAGCUUCAGGCAUUGACGAUGCAGUAACUAGAAUUCAUUCAUCAGAAGCUUCUGUGGGACAUAGUUACAAUCUGAUUGACAUAAGAACACGUAAAAUUCUCAAUGUUGAAACUGCAUCAAUGAACCGGAUUUCAGUUAGAGAGGUUGGAGUAACACCAUUUUUCCGUGCAAACAUGUAUCUCCAUCUUCCUGUCCAGCAGGUACAUGAUGACAACUCUAUAAGCAGGCAAAGAAGAGCACUUGUGCUACCAAAAACAUCAAAAAACGAAUUCUUGUCACUUCUUGGAGAUAUGGCUGAUGCAAAAUACCCGAUCUACAUGACAGGUCCAAUACUUUACACACUAUGUACGGCUGUAAUAGAUCUGGAUGAACAAACAUUCUCUAUUAUUGAAGGGAAUCCAAAGAAAGGAGAAGCUUCUCACGUCUUCGCUAUGUCAUCAAAAGAGUUCAAGAUGCCAUAAUAAAAGCUCUUAGCUGCCUGCUUCAUUUUCCAUAAUUGGAGGAACUCAUUUCUUGAGGCCCUUAAAGUGGUUCAUAGAGGCCUAGCAUGUGGCCAUCAAUACAUCGCAUGGCUGCAACCUGAUCCCAUGCAAAUUAUAAAAGACCUUCAUAUCUUGAAUAAAGAGACUAAAAAUGAAGUUGAAGAUGUCUAUAGAGAUUUAAGGGCAUUACCUUUCCAUGAAUUUCAUAUUUGAUGGGACCAUCUAGUUCAGCUCCCAAUGUCA